AUGAGGAUUCAACCGUUGUUGAUCAUAGCCCUCCAGCUUUAUGGGAGGGCUUUCGGAAACCCUUCAUACGUCACGAGCGACACUCAUUUCUACGGGCUGUCACCCCCAAUUUAUCCAUCACGGGAACUGGAAGAGGGGAGUGGGCUGCAGCAGAAGGUCAAUUUAACUUCUGGGGCUAGCUUGGAGAUUGUUAGCAAUGGUUGCUCGGGAAAUAUCCAACCAAUUGAGCGUCUGGGGUUUCCAGGCAUAUGUGUGACUGACGCAGGUCAGGGCAUGAGAAACUCGGACUUCGUGAAUGGCUGGUCCAGUGGUUUACACGUCGGGGCAAGCUGGAAUAAAGGCCUAGCCCGCGAAAGGGCUGUUCAUCUUGGGACGGAGUUCCGUGUCAAGGGCGCCAAUAUGAUGUUGGGUCCUGUCGUUGGCCCUAUGGGUCGCAUAGCGACUGGUGGACGAGUGUGGGAGACUUUUUCCGUGGACCCUCACCUAGCAGGAAAGCUUGUCUAUGAAACAGUAUACGGCGUUCAAUCUCACUUCGUUGGAAAUGAACAAGAGACAAACCGGAUGCCAUUGACGAAUUCUGACGGCCAAUAUGUUCAAUCAAUAUCCAGUAAUAUUGAUGAUAAAACCCUUCAUGAGUAUUACCUAUGGCCGUUCAUGGAUGCUCUUGCUGCCGGUACGGCUAGUAUCAUGUGUAGCUACAACCGGGUUAACAACUCAUACGGGUGCCAAAACAGCAAGCUCCUGAACGGGAUUCUAAAAAGAGAGCUUGGUUUCCAAGGAUAUGUCAUCUCUGACUGGACCGCACAGCAUGCGGGUGUGGCAACGGCCAAUGCUGGUCUAGAUGUCGCCAUGCCAGUCGGAGAAUUCUGGAUGUCAAAUCUCACCAAGGCUGUAAGGAACGGAACUGUUUCAAGGUCUAGAUUGAAUGACAUGGUGACAAGAGUCAUGGCCACUUGGUACUAUCUGAACCAGAAUGAUACAAUCAAGCGUCCUGGAGUGGGUAUUCCUAGGAGGCUCGAUACUCCUCAUACGGUGGUUAGUGCUUUGACAUCAAAUUCGAAAGGAACUCUCCUUCAAAGCGCCAUCGAGGGUCAUGUUCUAGUGAAAAAUGUCAACAACGCUCUCCCUAUCAAGGGACCUCGAAUGAUUUCUGUUUUUGGUUAUGAUGCUCCUGCGCCAAACACCUUAGACUUUUCUUCUGCAGUCUAUACCAGCACGCCUCUCUACGUCAACUACACUAUGUGGUGUGCGGAUGGUUCUGGCUCAAAUAAUCCACCCUAUAUUGACGCUCCUAUUGAUGCCCUAAAGAGACAGGCUCGACAGGACAACACUCAAAUUGCAUGGGACUUCGUCUCGCAAGAUCCAAGCAUAGAUCCCGCCACCGAAGUCUGCUUAGUCUUCAUCAAUGCUUAUGCUAUGGAAGGAGCAGACCGCAAAGGUCUCCGAGAUAAUUAUAGCGAUACCCUGGUGAGUAAUGUUGCCGCCAAGUGCAACAAUACUAUUGUCAUAGUACACAACUCUGGAAUUCGGCUGGUAGACUCAUUCAUUGAGAACCCAAAUGUCACCGCUCUUAUAUUCGCCCACAUGCCUGGACAAGAUGCCGGUCAGGCUUUGGUCAACCUAUUAUAUGGCCUCUCUAACUCGUUCGGACGACUACCUUAUACCGUAGCCAAGAAAGAGAGUGACUAUGGUGGCUUGCUAUAUCCAGCAGAGCCACAGGGACAAUACUUGCUCUUCCCUCAGUCUGAUUACAAGGAAGGAUCUUACGUUGACUACCGGGCAUUCGACCACUGGAACAUCACGCCGAGGUACGAGUUCGGAUUUGGGUUAACCUACACAAGUUUCGAAUACUCGAACUUGAAUAUCGAAUUAAGCCAGAGAGAGUCACUCUCCCCGUUUCCUCCAACCUCAGAGAUCCAGCAAGGUGGUAACGUGAACCUUUGGACAAACAUAGCCACCAUUUCAGUCACAGUGGAGAAUACGGGACCAGCUGACGGUGAUGAGGUGGCUCAACUGUACAUAGGCAUUCCCAAUGCGCCUGUGCGCCAGCUCCGUGGUUUUGAGAAAGUCAGCAUCGAUGCUGGUAAAAGAACUCUACUCAAUUUCUCUUUAACCAGGCGUGACUUGAGUGUAUGGGAUGCCAUUCACCAAGCCUGGCACUUGCAGAGAGGCAACUACAAAGUAUAUGUCGGUCGAUCCAGCCGUGAUCUCCCUCUUGCGGGAUCUUUUUCGAUAUAA